GUUACCACCAUCCCAGUGUGCUUUAAUGGCAUUUCAAUCUUUUUAAGAGUAACAAAUCACACUAAUUAUUUUUUAUUUUUGAUAAUUUUCCUAACUUACCCCACAAAGAAGGACAGAAUCUAGGCAUUUAAAAGCCCACAUCGAGAAGGCAAGGAAAAGCGAGAGCGAGUGAAGUUGAGAGAAUGGCGGUGCUUCGUGGGUUGCUUUUGGUUUUCUUUGUUCUGUAUGUGAGUAAAGUGGUCCGUGUAGAAGCAGAUGACGGUGGUGGGUUUGUGAAAACAAGAGGAGUGCAACUUACACUGAAUGGAAGCCCCUUCUAUGCUAAUGGCUUCAAUGCCUAUUGGCUUAUGUACAUUGCCUCUGAUCCUUCUCAGAGAAACAAAGUCUCUUCAGCCUUUCAACAGGCUUCAAAUCAUGGACUCAACAUAGCCAGAACUUGGGCUUUCAGUGAUGGUGGCUACAAGCCCUUACAAUACUCUCCUGGAUCCUACGAUGAACAAGUUUUCCAGGGAUUGGAUUUCGCAAUAGCGGAAGCAAGAAAAUACGGGAUCAAGCUGGUUCUGAGUUUGGUGAAUAACUAUGAGAACAUGGGUGGCAAGAAACAGUAUGUAGAAUGGGCAAGGAGUCAAGGACAGUCCAUAAAUUCUGAAGAUGACUUCUUCACAAAUCCUGUGGCCAAGGGAUUCUACAAAAACCACAUCAAGGCUGUUCUUACAAGACGUAACAGCAUCACUGGAAUUGCAUACAAAGACGAUCCAACUAUAAUGGCUUGGGAACUUAUGAAUGAGAUUAGGUGCCCUUCUGAUCAAUCAGGAAAAACAGUUCAGGCUUGGAUUUCUGAGAUGGCAUCUUACCUGAAAUCCAUAGAUGGAAACCACUUGCUGGAAGCAGGUUUGGAGGGUUUCUAUGGCCAGUCAAAGCUUCAGUCCAAUCCAAACUUCAAUGUUGGAACUGAUUUCAUUGCAAACAACCAAAUCCCCGGCAUCGAUUUCGCAACAGUUCACUCCUACCCAGACCAAUGGCUAUCGAGUUCAGGUUAUGAAGAACAAAUAUCAUUCUUAGAGCGGUGGGUGGAUGAGCACAUCCAAGAUGCGCAGAACACUCUUCACAAGCCAGUUCUCUUUGCGGAGUUCGGCAUUUCCACAAAAAGCUUCGGUGGCAACUCAUCACCAAGGGAUCGAUUAUUCAACACGGUUUAUUCAGCAAUAUACUCAUCCGCAAGUAGUGGUGGUGCUGCUGUUGGUGGCUUGUUCUGGCAGCUUCUAGCUCAAGGAAUGGAUUCCUUUCGAGAUGGUUACGAGGUGGUCUUAGAUGAAAGCCCCUCAACGGCUACUUUGAUCGCUCAACAGUCUCAAAAAUUAAACCACAUUCGCAAGAUGUACGCCAGACUCAGAAACAUCGAGAAAUGGAAUAGAGCUAAGGAAAUCAGAGGCUCACAAUGGCAUGUCGGUGCUAACGUUGGAAACUGAGUUAUAUGUCUUAACUACCAAUAUAUAUAUAUAUAUAUAAAGAGAGAGAAAGUUAGCAACUUUGUAACUUAAUUGUGUGAGGAUUGAUCCUCAGAAUGAAGUGUAGUGUCCUAAUAAUUGUAGAGGGCGGAGUGGGUAGUAAUUUUCGUUAAAGUAUUACAAGAGAUGUGUCCUACAAGUGUUAUGGGCAUGACUAUUAUUUAUUGAGAUAUAUGGAAAGAAACUUAGUAAUGUACAAGCAUGCGUUUCAUCAAGGAGUA